GUGGAAUUCAUUGGUUCAUACCAUUAACUACAAGUUCAGAUGUCGUGAUAUUUAAGAGUCUCGCGGUACCAAGCCCUUGGCAAUGAUCAUUGUAGACCUUUCGCUAUUGUAUUUUUGAGUUGUUUUCUUUCGCGAUUCUAGAAUGGCGCUCGAAAAAACUUUUGAGGCGGCCUCGAACGCUAAUGGCCAGAGCGAUGAAGAGGUCGCUCCUGUUAAUGUCGACGAGUCGACAGUGGCCGAUUGGACAGAAGCAGAGGAACGAGCUGUGAAGCGCAAAAUUGACUUCAUAAUGCUACCUAUCCUGGGCUUGGCAUUUUUCUCUUUGCAGAUGGACAGAGGGAAUAUCUCGAAUGCGCUGACGAGCACUAUUACGGAGGACCUUGGAAUCACUACCAACCAAAUCAAUACAGGAAGCAGUCUGCUGUCAGCCGGAAUCGUCCUCUUGGAGAUACCUUCCAACAUCCUGCUGCAGCGUGUGGGACCUCAGAAAUGGUUGUCAUGUCAAAUCAUCGCCUGGGGACUGGUAGCCACAUUCCAAAACUUCAUCACCAACUACGGCGGGUAUCUUGCCACUCGUCUACUACUCGGUCUGUGCGAAGCUGGCUUCAUCCCCGGCGCACUCUACACCAUGUCGACAUGGUAUAAGAAAUCCGAAUCCAGCCUGCGCAUCUCCAUCUUCUUCCUCGGGAACCUAGUCGCCUCCGCCACGACCUCCCUCAUCGGCGCCGGCAUCCUGAGCAUGGGCAACCGGUACGGCGUCGCGGGGUGGCGGUGGCUCUUCAUCGUCGAAGGCGCGAUCACCAUCGGCGUCGGCAUCCUCUUCAUCCUGUUCCUGCCGCCGAAAGUCGGCAACGGGUCGCCGCUCAUCAGCUUCGGGCGCUGGUCCUACUUCUCGCGGCGGGAGUCGUACAUCCUCGUGCGCCGCGUCUUGCUCGACGACCCGGCCAAGACGACGAACCACUUACGCAUCUCCGGCGCCGACGUCUGGUCCACGGUGCGUAACCCGCGGAUCCUGCUGCACAUCGUGAUCACGCUGACGAGCACGGUCCCCGUCAACGCGAUCAACACGUACGGCCCGAGCGUGAUCAAGAGCCUGGGGUACGGCACGGUGCGCGCGAACGCGAUGGCGAGCGUGGGCUCGUUUAUCGCGGCUGUGGUCACCGUGCUGCUGGCCCGGAUCUGCGACGCGACGGGGCGGCGCGCGCCGUCGCUGCUGGCUGCCGCGGCGUGGAGCAUUAUCGCGUUCGCGUGCUUGAGGGAGGCGUACCAGUGGAGCGCGGGGCGCAAGUACGUGGCCGUGGUGUUCUCGAUGGCGAUGAAUUCCACCGUUCACAUUCUUAAUGUGGGCUGGUUGACGGUGAAUUGCCGGAGACCGCAGGAGAGGAGCGUGGCUAUGGCGAUGAUCAUCAUGGGCGCUAAUGCUGGCGGUAUCGCUGGUAGUCAAGUAUUCAGAACUCAAGACGCGCCGCUCUACCAGACUGCUUUCACGGCUUGUCUAGUGCUUUCCGCCGCAGUGGCUGUGGAGAUCAUAGUACUGAGCGUCUGGUAUCUCGUUAGCAAUAGGAAUUUGAAGAAACGGGGAGAUACUCCAAUAGUGACCGGGAAGACAGAAGAAACGCCUGAUGGACACCAGAUAGAAUUAGCAAAGAAGUGGAAGUGGACUUGGUAGAUAGGUAGAUGUUGAAUAUAGUGUCCUGGUAUGGAAAUAUAUGGCACUAUAUGGACACUUGCACAAGUUUAGCUAACAAUUUACACUUAAUCUGACAUCAACCGCGUUAUCCCUCUUACGAAUAUCAGCAUUAGGCAUUACUCUCAUUAUAGAGACUAUUCUCAGAAUACUUAAUGCGAUAUUCUAACUCAAGGCCCUUGAAUGUAGGUAUGUAAGAUGUCCUGGAUACCCGAUAUCGU